CUUGUUGUUAUUGAAUUUUUUUUACUCAGUUAUGGCGCUACCCACUUUACCAGGUUAUUGGACGUCAAGGAAAAAUAUUUACGAACAAGCAAUCGUAAGAAGAAGAUACCAAGAAAGCGAUUAUCGUGAAAAAUGGUCUCAAGCUUCUGAUUAUUUUCAUAAAACCAAUGUCGAGGCGAACCAGAAACAAGCUUGGUCGUCGGACCAGUCAUUCCAGCACAGCAUGGAUGCUUAUAAAUCACUGAAAGAAAAAGAGGAAAAAGAAAAAACUUUAAUCAGAAGAAGACGGCAGCUAACAGAGUUAUACGCAUAUGAAAACAAGAAAUAUGCAGCUGAACUCCGAGGCUAUUCCACUGAUAAUUAUGACCGGCUGGAUUGCAUGAGAGACAGAGCAGACCAGCUGAAAAGUGCAAGAGAAGAAAACCGCAAACGGCUUGCUGAAGAGAAGCUGUAUGAACACUGGAGACAAAACAAUCACGACAUCAGAGAGGUGGAGUCAUCAUUACUGAAAGAUCAUGUCAUUGAAAAGUGGUCGGACCAGCUUGCAGAGCAGAGGGAGCAAGAGGAGAGGGAACAAGCGGAAAAGCUGGCUUUUGAAGAGAAGCUUGAGGAAGAAAGACUAGCAGCUUUGGAGAGAGAACGGCAGAUUUCUGACGAGAAACUGGAUGAGGAAAUACGACUAAAGCAAGUCCUCAAAGAACAGAUUGCAGAACUCAGACGUAGAGAACAUGAGGCUAAGUUGUUAAAGGCUCAACAAGAACAGCUACAGAGAGAGCAAUGGGAACUGGAACAGUUGGAGGAGGAGAGGAGACAGAAAGAACAGGCCAGAAAGAAACAGGAGUUUGCACGUAUCCUUCUACGACAACACAAGGCUCAGAUGCUUCGAAGAUCAAGACAGAUACAGGAAGAACUGGAACAAGAUAUGAAGUUGUUGCAGUCACUGAUAGAUCAGGGUAUCAAACAAGACUUGUUACAUUCAGCACGGCAGGAGAGAGCACGAGCUGAUGCAGCCUGGAUGAAACAGGUUGUUGAGGAGCAGCUGAGGGUGGAAAAGGCACGAGAAGCAGAACUGGAUCUCUUGUAUCAAGAUGAAGCCGCCAGAAUGUGGCAAAAACGAGAGGCUGAAUGGGAGAAAGAGAAACAGGCCAGAGAAAGGCUGAUGCAGGAGGUGUUGGAGAGUCGUCAACAGCAGAUUUGUGUGAAGCUGGAUGAGUUACAUCGUAGACAGGUGGAAUCACUCGAACAGAGGGAACAGCUGGUGCGAGAGAUGGACAUAGCCAAUCAGCUGACCCGACGCGACCAAGAGGAACAGGAGGCAGCCAAGGAGGUGCUCAAACUCAAUCUCAAGGAACAGAUGACGUCAAGGAAGGAGUGUGAUGAAGUGACAAGACUGAGGUUGAGGGAGGAGCUGGAGGAGGAGAAGAAGAUGGAGGAGGAGUAUGAAGAUGUGUUGAGACAGGAAACUGAGAGGAUGCGAUUACGAGGAUAUUCACCUAGGAUUCAUGCCAGACGGCAGGCCUGGAUGUGAGGUGACGGUUGUUGUGUUGCUCAUUAUACACAAAAGAGACUGAUCUCAUGACUUGUACAGAGCUAGUCGUUUUCUCAGAUCUGUUAUCAUUCCGGGAAUCUUAGGGCAACUACAGCUAACGAAUUCUUCACACUGUCAAUACUUAUUUAUGUUUAUGAGAUAUCAAGAUAUUCAGACACUUUCAUUUAUUUUUUCAUUUCAACUUACGUUCGUGCUUAUAUCCAAUUAUGGUUCAAGCAC